GUCACUGAAACACAGUGCUACCCACUGCGUGAUCAAAUAUAAAUAUGUAACAGAUAUUGCUAUACAUAUUGAAGUCGUUAUUUCAUGAAGAAGUGAAAUACAUGCGGGCGUCUUUGAAAUGCCGGCCGCAGUCUGGAUUGGGGAAGAAACGUAGUUUGUCCGAGUGGAUUUGCCGUACUUCGCUCUGCGCAAGGAUUUUCAUGUAGCUUCACUUGCUGCAUAAAUAAUUGUGAAUAAUUUAGUACUGAACGAGUUGACGGCUGGAUAUAGUUCACCCAGUAAUUCUUCACUGCAGAAAACGUCAUUUAAUCAAAUAUUCGUUUCCGGUUAGACUCGUCACGUUGCACGUUGAAGCGUCUCCAGCUAGCUUAGCUUAGCUUAUGCUCUUGCUAGCCGCCGCUACCUAACAAAGAGACGCUUUUGUUGACCGUAGCAAGAAGUCGCCGCGCAGAGAUUAACUUUGAGUGUUUCCAUUGUGAAAAAUGUGCGCAAAUAUUGCCAAAGAAGAAUACGGGGAGAACGUUUGCGGCGCACAAGAGAAGGAGCGACCACGUCGACUGCUGGACGCUGUUUACAGGCCUCGAGGGCUCCACGGAGCAGAAGAAGAUCAUCACCCUGAGCGUCGGGAGCCCCCGGACGCCCCACACGUGAAAGAGGAAGAGCAGGAAGCCGAAAUCACGGCGUUUACAUUCACCGGCGUCGCUACGAAGAGUGAAGAUGAUGGCGAGCGAGGUCGAGACGCCCGUGAAGACGAUCUUCGCCUUGAGCAGCAGGAGCCGCCGCGUGCUCACGUGAAAGAAGACGAGCUGGAGGAUGUUCCGACUCAGUUUCCCUUGACGGUCAUCGUGAAGAGUGAAGAUAGUGAUGAAGACCACUACGGAGGAUUCCAUUCAGAAAGCCUCUCAGUCGGUGACCACAGCGUGGGACGCUAUCCUGACACUGACUUUGGUGACGAACACUCCAAAGGUGAUGUGCCUUGUCACACUGACAGCAAACACUUGAAAUGUUCUCAGUGUGACGGAACGUUUUACAACACGUCGACGCUGAAAAGACACACAAGAACCCACACGGGAGAAAAACCCUUUGCCUGCUCAGUUUGUGACAAAAGGUUCACGCAAAAAGGACAUUUAAUAGCACACACGCGAACGCACACUGGAGAGAAACCGUUUGCCUGCUCAGUAUGUGGUAAAGGGUUUUCUAGAAAAGGAGAUUUAAGUAUACACACAAGAACACACACGGGUGAGAAACCCUUUGCCUGCUCAGUUUGUGGUACAAGAUUCAGACAGAAGGGAGAUUUAAUUGCACACUCAAGAACCCACACAGGGGAGAAACCCUUUGCCUGCUCAUUUUGCGGCACAAGAUUUACCCAGAAAGGACAUUUAAUAGCACACACAAAAACGCACACUGGAGAGAAAACAUUUGCUUGUUCAUUUUGUGGUUCAAGAUUUACACAGAAGGGAGAUUUAAGAAUACACAUAAGAACACACACUGGGGAAAAACCUUUUGCUUGCUCAGUUUGCAGCCUAAGCUUUAGUGUCCGUUCAACAUUAAUUCAACACAUGAGGACGCACACUGGUGAGAAACCCUUUUCCUGCUCAGUUUGUAGUAAAAGUUUCUCUAAAAAGACCAACUUAACCGCACAUACUAGAACACAUGCCGGAGAGAAACCGUUUGGCUGCACACUUUGCGGGAAAGGUUUCACUCAGAAAGGACAUUUAAUGGCCCACACAAGAACACACACCGGGGAAAAAACGUUUGCUUGCUCAGUUUGUGACAAAAGAUACACUCAGAAGGAACAUUUAACAACACACAUACGAACGCACACUGGCGAGAAACCGUUCAGUUGCAGUGUGUGUGACAAAAGAUUCCAUGUUAAACGUCAGGUUAAGAGACACAAGUGCGCUGGUGUCAGAGCUGUGGUCAAUAAUGCUACAGAAUAAACUCAAGAAAUUGAAGUUGUGUUGGGUAUUGUUCCCAAAAACCUCACCAAGACUUUUGGGCAGUGGGCUACGUAUGUAAUUGACUCAUCAAAUGAACUUCGGGAGCAUUGUUUUGAUGGUUGUCAAACUGUGUAUACAAUUCACAGUAAGAAGAACUACUUUUCUUGAUUCUAUUUUCUUUAUCUCUUUUUAUUCAAGACCAAUGGUGAUCACACGUGUAUGGAUUUCAAAAUCCUCACAAAUCCUCUAUAACGUAUAUCAUCAUACUUGUACAGUACAUAUCAAAUAUAAACAACCUGAAGAUGUUUUUUUGAAUGAACUCGGGGAAAGUUGCAUUUGAAAUUGAAGCCGCUGUUUGAACUCCAAACUUCACGACUUUGUCAAUGUAAAUUGCUGAAAGGAUGAACUGAUAUCUGUGUGGAUGUACAGCAGCACGUUGAAUUUUAAGAUUCAAAUUCCUCCCUAUUGUUAGCGCGCGUUGCUGUCAGACAGACGAGGCCCAGCCCGCGCGACAAAAGCGAAGCGAGAUUCCCGAGCAGUCAGUUGCUUGCGUGAUGCCGUGGGCAGUAACGCUGUUGAGCUUGUUUUCAAAAAGCAGAAAAAAAAAAACCCCAAAAUUGCGAGAACUGUCCGUCCGUUGGAAGACGGGAAGGCCUCCGUGUGUCUUUUUGCAAAACAUUUCCACAUGCUUCAAUAUUUAGAGGCCAGUAAAUUAGCCGUCAGCUUUGUGCGAGGAGUGAGAUACGUCAGAACGACGAGAAUGUCGUGUUCUUUGACAGAAGAAAGUGCAAAUAUCUCAAACAACCUUUUGAAAAUGCGUUUCUGGGCUCGACCGAGGUUACCAAUCGAGCUCUGUCGCGCGUUUGUACUCGCGCCUUGUAAAUAAAGUUGUCUUUGUUCGACGA